CCCUUCUCCCCCGUCCUACCUACGGUGGUGGUUUUGGAACAGUGGCCCGUCAGCCCCCCGCCCGCCCGCCCCUUCCCCCCCAUCCGCCGGCCACCGCCGGCGCCAUGGACGCGGCAGAGGCGGCCGCCAUUGGCUCGGGUCGCCGCCGGCCGCGCGCGGCGCCCCGCAGUCGCGCGCUGGCCCGCUGCCUCCUCGCCCUCGGCGGCGCCGCCGCCCUGACGAGCGGCCCGGCGUUCGCGUGCCCGUCCGUCCAGCGCACGUCCGCUCGGAUGACCAGCACGAUGGUCGAUGGCAGCAGGCGGGUUUCUUCGGCUCCGGCCACGCCGCCGGACGUCCAGCCCAAGACGGCCGCCUCCGCCGAGGGCGAGUCGACCACGCUCAGCGCCAGGUCCACGUACGUCACGGGAAUCACGUGGUACCUGUCCCACUUCAUCAUCGGGAUCGGCAACGACGGCAUCAUGAAGUUUCUCGGAGGCAGCAUGGCGGCGUCGCAG